ACAAAUUAUAUUGAUCCUCUUGCACAUUGUUGCAGAUAUAAAUGCACUCCAUUUCGUCUUGUUGAUUCUUGCAGAUUGUCGCAAGAUGUUGGAGAAGGAGGGCAAGCUGAUCAUGAGCCGCGAGGAUGAGGAGAUCAUGGCCUGGUUCGAGCGGACGACGCGCGACGCGGCCGACGUGCAGCGGGAGACGCUGCGGCGCAUCCUCGCCGAGAACGCCGGCGUCGAGUACCUCCGGGAGCUCGGCCUCGCCGGGCUCACCGACGCCGGCAGCUUCCGCGCCCGCGUCCCGGUCGUCACCCACGCCGACCUCGACCCCUACAUCCAGCGCGUCGCCGACGGCGACGCCUCCCCCGUCCUCACCGCCAAGCCCGUCACCGCCAUCUCCCUAAGCUCCGGCACGACGCAGGGGAAGCGCAAGCGUCUCCUGUUCAAUGACGACCUCCUCCGUUCGUCGAUACGGUUCUUCCAUGCCAGCUACGCGUUCACGAACAGGGCGUUCCCGGUGGAGGACGGCAGGGUGUUGCAGUUCAUGUACGGCAGCCGGCAUGAGACGACCAAGGGCGGGCUCACGGCGACGACGGUGAUGACCAACCUGCUCCGCAGCGAGGAGUUCACGGCGUCCAUGGCGGCCAGGUCGCGGCCGCGGCUGCCGAGCUGCAGCCCAAGCGAGGUGGUCUUCUCACCGGACUUCGACGAGUCGCUCUACUGCCACCUGCUCUGCGGCCUCCUCCUCGCUGGCGAGGUCAGGGCCGUGUCCGCCUCGUUCGCGCACAGCAUCGUCGUCGCGCUCCAGGCGCUCGAGCGGGUGUGGCGGGAGCUGUGCGCGGACAUCCGCCGCGGCGCCGCGUCGCCGGCGCGGGUCACCACGCCGGCCGUCCGGCGAGCCGUGGCGCCCAUCCUCGCCGCCCCGAACCCCGCGCUCGCCGACGCGCUGGAGCGCCGGUGCGCCGCCCUGGGCGACUGGUCCGGGGUGAUCCCGGCGCUGUGGCCGAACGCCAGGUACGUGCAGGCCACCAUGACGGGGUCCAUGGAGCACUACGUCAAGAAGCUGCGGCACUACGCCGGCGGCGUGCCGCUGGUCUCCGGCAACUAUGCCUCGUCAGAGGGGGUCAUCGGCAUCAACGCGGAGCAGCACGCGCCGCCCGAGUCCGUCGUGUUCACCGUGCUGCCCGACGCCGCCUACUUCGAGUUCAUCCCCCUCAAGCCGCCCUGCACCGACGCCGCCGCCGACGACGACAACCCGGCCGCCGCCGGCUCGUCGUGCUACGUCGACGCCGACGACGCCAACCCCGUCGGCCUGACGGACGUCGUCGUCGGCGAGCACUACGAGGUCGUCAUGACCACGUUCACCGGCCUGUACCGCUACCGGCUGGGCGACGUGGUGAAGGUGGCCGGAUUCCACCACGCGACGCCCAAGCUCAGGUUCGUGUGCCGGCGAAGCCUCAUCCUGUCCAUCAACGUCGACAAGAACAGCGAGCACGACCUCCAGCUCGCCGUCGACAGCGCCGCCAAGAUCCUCGCCGGCGACGGCGAGAACCACAAGCAGCUCGAGAUCGCCGACUACACCAGCCACGCCGACACGUCGUCGGACCCGGGCCACUACGUCGUCUUCUGGGAGCUGAACGGUGGCGGUGAGGAGGACGGCGGCGGCGUGCUGCAGCGGUGCUGCGACGAGAUGGACCGGGCGUUCGGCGCCGACGCGGGGUACGCCCAGUCGAGGAAGACGUGCGCCAUCGGGGCGCUCGAGCUGCGGGUGCUGCGGCGCGGGGCGUUCCAGGAGGUGCUCCGCCACUACGUCGCCGGCGGCAGCUCGGCGGGGCAGUUCAAGAUGCCCCGGUGCGUCGCGCCGUCCAACGCCGGCGUGCUCCGGGUCCUUAAGGACAACACCAUCAACAUUUUCUUCAGCACUGCCUACGACUACGAUUGAUGUGCAUUUCGUUCCCUGAAAGGGAUGUCCUUCAUUUGUUUUUUCAUGUCACAAAAUCUGUUCGCCGGUGUUUGAAUGUGGUGUGUACGCACGCGCGUUU